UCAUUCUACUUCCGGUGUCAUGCUACAUACAAUAUGGCGCUCGGGUCAGCUGGAGAGGAACUGAAAACCAAAAUUGACCAAGCCUGCACUGCUGGUGAAGAAUUUCAUAAACUCUACUAUGAAACUUUCGAUAAAAGGAGGCAUAGUUCUUAUGGAGUGAGCUGGAAUCAUGGAGCAGUUUCCGAAGCUGAGUGAACCGCCUCUCUUUCUAUGUGAUUCUCUCUCACUGCCUUGUGAUAACGAUGACAGCUCUAUGUUACCCAUUAAUGGAGUUGUUGCUGUAGUCUACAACUUCUACCAAGCAUUGAUCAACAAUGAUCUGAGUGCUGUAGAAAAGAUUUUACAAUCUACUCCAACUGUGGUAAAUCAUCGCUUUACUGAGCCAUUUGUUCAGUCAUGGCACCUUGGUCAGGCUGGAAUCCAUAUUAUGGUGAAAAAUGGAGUUGUUGAAGGCCUUCAUCUACUAAUUCGUUAUGGUGCUGAAGUGAGUUUGCCUGACAAAAAUGGUGAUUCGGCACUGCAUCUGGCUGCCAUGUAUGCACAUCAUAUGUGCACCAAAGUUUUGUUAGAUUAUGAUGGUGCAGUGAAGGAUGCCAUCAAUAAGCAGGGAUUAACUCCUUUACUAAGGGCUUUACUUUGCUAUCAGACUGGAUUGAAGCUGCAAUUCUAUAAAACUCUCAAGUUUCUCGUUGACAUUGGCUGUGAUUGCAAUUUAUGUCCAAACAUCAACCUGUCUCCUCUUUACUUGGCCAUUGUUAAAGAAGACCCUGCUUUGAUAUGUUUGUUAGUGAAUGGUGGUGCUGACGUGAAUGCUGUGUUUAACAAUGGACUCACUCCUCUCUUGUUAGUUGUCUCUAAUAAAACAGUAAACUACUCGAGCCUGAAGCUAUUGCUGGAUGCAGGUGCGUCUCCAGACAUCUGUAACGUCGACGGAUCAACACCGCUGCACAUUGCAACUGCAAAAAGCGAUGUAAAAGCUGUAAUUCAUCUAUUAGCAGCGAAAGCCAAUUUAAACAUAAAGAACAAUUUAGACGAGACGCCAUUGUGGAUUGCUGUGAACGACAACAACUACGAUCUUGUUAAUAUUCUCAUUCAGUUUGGGGCAGAUAUCAAUUACAGAAACAAACAAAAGAAAGUUCCCCUUGUUUUGUUACCGAUUCUAUCUCAGUCGUUGAAAAUCUUGGAACUUCUUCUCGAGAGUGGCGUUAGGAUACGUACUGAAGGUAAAAUGGGACAAACACCGCUUUACUUAGCUGUUGGGCUUAAAAACCUCUAUUUAAUUCGACUUCUGCUCAGGGCCAACAGUCAAUUGAACAUUCCUUGCAAUAAAUACUGUCUAUUGAAACCAAUGACACCUAUUCAAUAUGCAUUUGAAUUGGGUGACGAGACUAUUAUAAAACUGCUCAUUCGUGCCGGAUGUCCAGUGAAAGAUAUCUGGCUUCGGAGACAAAACCUUCCCGCUGCUUUACAAGCUCAGCCAGACUUAGAGAAAUGGGUUCUCGAUUACAUCCAUUCCCCAUGUUCUUUGGCUCAUUCUACACGUCUUGCAAUCCGACACAUGUUUGGUGAAGACCUGCAAGCUAAGCUAAAUUAUUUGGCAGCACAGCGCAAACUGCCGUCUCCCCUCAUAAAGUAUAUUAUGUUAGAUGAUCUUGUUUCAUGAGGACCACACAUAGCAGUCUGUUAUUUAUUGGCUGUCGGUCUGUGUGUCUUUGGAUAUCAGUAUUGGUGGAGGAUGACUGCUGCCCCUUUUUAAAAAAUUUUUUUUUUUUUUUUUUUUUGCAAAGUCUUCUCUACAAGGAUUGAAAAUGUUUAAAAUCAACAUAUUGUAGCUUUCAGACGUGUUUUUAAUAGAUACCAGUAUGUGUAUGUGUCAGAGAAGGUAGGUGACCAAUACUCGACGGCAGCAGAGUUACCUCCCAUCCUCUGCAAAUAUUUAUAUAAUCCGGACCUUAUUUAUUGAUUGACAGUUUCACUUCCUAUUAUAACUUUGGAUCAAUUUUCAA